AUGAUACAGGAGUUUCGGCGGAGGAUAGGGGAACAUCUCAACGACAUCCGCAGUGGCGCGGAUACUCCCAUCGCACGUCACAUUUCCAACAAGCACGCCGUAAAUGUGGGGGCCAUUAAAUUCCAGGGCAUCGAGGAAGAAUCUCAUAACCAUGAAAUACAAGCGGCGCUUCAAAGCUUUAAAUUAAGUCAGCGUCUUGGGAUUCUCAACCCACAUGCUCAGUUAAAUGACUGUACCAGGAACUUAGAGAAACAUCUUAUAUCUUCAGAUUUUGAAGUAUCUGAUCAUGGUAUCAAACAAGAUACAUACGAAGAACAUACCGAUAUCCAAGAUAUAUCUUCAUCCAUUCACAGCAAAAAUGUAUCACUUGAUCCUUUCAAACAGGUCCAAUCUUCUGAUUCAUCACAGGCUGUAGCACACAAUAAAAGUCACAGAAGAGGUGUUAAACAUGAAACGGCUCACGUAAGAGAGAAGCCAUUUUCAUGUUCAGAAUGUGGGAAAUGUUUUAAGAAGAAAUCCGCUCUGGUUGUACAUCAGAAAAUUCACACAGACGUGAAGCCAUUUUCAUGUUCAGAAUGUGGGAAAUGUUUUAACCAGAAAUCUGCUUUUGUUACACAUCAGAGAAUUCACACAGGAGAGAAGCCAUUUUCAUGUUCAGAAUGUGGGAAAUGUUUUAACCAGAAAUCGGCUUUUGUUACACAUCAGAGAAUUCACACAGACGUGAAGCCAUUUUCAUGUUCAGAAUGUGGGAAAUGUUUUAAGCAGACAUCAAAUCUUCUUAGACAUAAGAGAAUUCACACAGGAGAGAAGCCAUUUUCAUGUUCAGAAUGUGGAAAAGGUUUUAAACAGAAAUCAGAUCUUCUUGUACAUCAGAGGAUUCACACAGGAGAAAACCCAUUUUCAUGUUCAGAAUGUGGAAAAUGUUUUAAGCAGACAUCAAAUCUUCUUAGACAUGAGAGAACUCACACAGGAGAGAAGCCAUUUUCAUGUUCAGAAUGCGGGAAAAGUUUUAACCGUAAAUCGGGUUUUGUUACACAUUGGAGAAUUCACACAGGGGAGAAGCCAUUUGCAUGUUCAGAAUGUGGAAAAUGUUUUAACCAGAAAUCAGAUCUUCUUGUACAUCAGAGAAUUCACACAGGAGAGAAGCCAUUUUCAUGUUCAGAAUGUGGAAAAUGUUUUAAGCAGACAUCAGCCCUGGUUACACAUAAAAAAACUCACAAAUAAGAGAAGACCUCUUCAUGCUUAGCUUAUUAGUGACCGCCCUUACGUGUUUUUAUGGUGGUCACUAACUGGCUUUAUUCCAAAAUAUACUCAUUUUUACAGGCAGGUAAAAUAUCACCUACCAGGGAUAGCUAAGG